ACAUUUCAAACUAUCACCCCAUUCAAAAAGCUAUAACUUAUUCAUCAGAGAAACACAAAAUAACCAGUACUAUGUCUAACUUGCUCUAUCCCGCGUUGAAAGACUUCGAACAUACGAUCCCCAUAGAACGAUUAAAUGUCCUAAGAAAUCAAGUGGAAUCAGAAAACCCCGAUCCAUCGGCUGGAUCACUUUUCAAUUAUGCUUGGGGAUUAAUAAAGACCAAAGGUCACAAAUACAACCAAGAAGGAGUAGAAAUUUUGAAGGAGCUAUACAGAAAGGAGCCUGACAUCAGAAAAGACUGUUUAUACUAUUUAUCUAUGGGGUCAUUAAAGCUCGGGGAUUACACGAGCGCACGGCAAUACAUCGAGGAGUUGUUAAAGAUUGAGCCUGACAACAGCCAGGGCCAAGCCAUGAAAAACGUAAUUGAAGACAAGAUCACCAAAGAAGGUCUAAUUGGUCUUGGAAUAGCAGGAGGAAUACUUGCUGUUGGUGUGGGGAUAAUAGGUGCCCUCAUAAGAAGAAAGCGUUGAAGGGCGUUAGGGAUAUUUAUUACAUGUUGUUUAAUUGUGAAUGGUUUCAGAUUUUCCCAGGUGUUCUUACUGCUGGAUCACAUUUGAAGGCUCCAGUAAGCGAUCUAGGGGUUUUUAUGUACAAUGGUUAGAAAGCGAUGCUAUAUAAUGAAUGCG